AUGCCAACUUUUGCACUCACCGUCCUGCAGAUCCCAAAGAAGUUGCUCAGAGACAUUGACAAGCAUAGGAGAAAAUUCCUAUGGAAGCAAGAGGAAGAGAUCACCGGAGCCGGCUGCAAGGUAAACUGGCCGACGGUUUGCAUGCCAACCACACAUGGAGGAUUUUGCAUCCUUGACCUCGAGCAUUUCAGUCGGGCCCUGAGACUGAGAUGGCUUUGGAUCGCUUGGACGGACCCUGGCCGGCCAUGGGUUGGCACUGUGCCGCCAUGCAGCAACCAGGAUAUAGCCCUCUUUGCAGCUGCAACCACAGUGACAAUUGGGGACGGCUCAACGGCCCUGUUCUGGCACACCCGAUGGAUCGGACCCUGCACCCUUGCAGCAGCGUACCCAGGCCUCUACAACCACUCCAAGAGGAAGAAACGGACCGUGCGAGAAGCGAUCAGGGACGACAAUUGGAUCAAAGAUUUGAGGCACGGAAACACGCACCCCUUGCUGCCGGAAUUCAUUCGGCUCAACUGUCAGAUCAUCGCUGCUGCCACAAUGUUCAAUGAUGGCAUUCGAGACACCAUCCGCUAG